CGGCGUGAGGCGAGCGACGGUAGGAGCCGCUUGACAGGCGCGGGAGCCGCCGCGGGACGCUGGGGACCCGCUUCCCGCCUGCCCGCUGUCCUUGCUGCAUCCAGCUACUGUGCUCUUGUUUUCUGGAGUAGCUGCUCAAGUUCAAAAGAGGCAUUGGAAACUGUUGUGCUGAAAGGAAGAAUUAACUGGUCUUUCAACUUCAGCCUUUUUAUUGUGAGAGGGGAGAUCACAGAAGUGUUACCAUGGGGAGAACAGCAGCUAAAGAUUCAAAGAAUAUUAAAAAAGAGAAAGAUGGAAAGAAUCAGCAGGCAAACAACCCGUCUUUAAAAAGUGAACAGUUUAAUUGGGAUGAUUAUCUGAAAGAGACUGACUCAGUAGCUGCCCCUCUACAUUGUUUCAGACAGUCUAGAAUUCCACCUACGAACGAUUUCAAAGUUGGUAUGAAACUGGAAGCCCAUGAUCCUCGCAAUGUUACCUCCGUUUGUAUAGCUACAGUAAUUGGAAUCACCGGUGCCAGGCUAAGGUUGCGCCUGGAUGGAAGUGACAACAAAAAUGAUUUUUGGAGGCUUGUGGAUUCCUCGGACAUACAGCCCAUCGGGACUUGUGAAAAGAAAGGGGGCAUGCUCCAGCCUCCGCUUGGGUUCCAGAUGAAUGCGUCUUCUUGGCCAAUGUUUCUUUUAAGAACUCUCAAUGGAGCUGAAAUGGCACCUGCAGCAUUCUUCAAGAAGGAACCACCAAAACCUGUGCCAAACUGCUUUAAAGUUGGAAUGAAACUUGAAGCUAUAGAUAGAAAGAACCCAUACUUGAUUUGCCCAGCAACCAUUGGAGAUGUUAAAGGAGACGAAGUUUUUGUUACAUUUGAUGGCUGGAGAGGAGCAUUUGACUAUUGGUGCAGAUGUGAUUCUCGAGAUAUUUUCCCAGUCGGAUGGUGUAGCUUGACAGGAGAUGCAUUACAACCACCAGGGAACAAUGUUUCCAUUACAAAGAGCAGUGCAAAAAUCCAAUCUUCCCCUUCCAAAGUGACCCGGCGUUCAAUGCAGUCUCCACAGAAAUCUGCUCCAGUACCAGCGCAACGGGGCAGGAAACCAGGUCGGGGCAAACCCCCUGGACAGUCUGCAGUUCCCAAGAAGGGCAGGUCUCCUAAAAAUAUUCCCCUGACAAAAAGCACCUCUCAUACUGAAAAUCUUAAAACAAGGAAAAAAAGUUUAAAACCUGGAAAAAAGAAAAAAAUCUUGCCAGAACAGCUGACUCCUGCAUCACCUUCUCCUCAUUCUUCUUCUGAGGGGGACACUGGCACUACGCAGAUACUUAAAGAUGGAAUUAGUUUGUCUGGUGCAACUGCAGCGGUUAUAUCCACAGUGUGUGUUUAUGUGAACAAGCAUGGAAAUUCUGGGCCUCACCUGGAUAAGAAGAAGGUUCAGCAACUUCCAGAUCACUUUGGACCAGGUCCUGUCAAUGUGGUACUUCAACAGGCUGUACAGGCUUGCGUGGAUUGUGCCUAUCAAUCCAAAACAGUCUUUGGAUUUCUGAAAUCUGGCCAUCACGGAGGGGAAAUGAUAACUGCUUCCUUUGAUGGGGAGAAGCACGCCAUCAAUCUUCCUUCUGUAAACAGCGCAUCGUUUGUGCUACGCUUCUUGGAGAAACUCUGCCACAGCCUGCAGUGUGAUAAUCUCUUUAGUAGCCAGCCUUUCAGCCCUUACAUGGGAUGUGCGCAUAGUCCUACGGAGAAUGAUAGAAACAAACCAGCUAAAGAAGAAAUACCUGAAAACAGGAGUGCUAAACGAUACUCUCAGGACUCUCCACCGUAUACUGCUCCUCUUUCCCCUAAGCUUCCCAGAAAUGAUGCUCAUCCAUCUGAAGCAGAAACAUUACCUAUAGAAGAAAACAGUACUUCCAAAGAACACCGAUUUUCUGAGGACUCUAUGGAUUCUGCACUUAAUUCUGUAAAUGCCUCAAGCCCGACUCGUCGAAAUUCCAUGGAAUAUCGUGCUUCAGGGGGUGCAGCAUAUUACAGAAAUUCCCUUCAGCCAGUGACUGCUACCUCAAAUUCAGCCCCAAUCCUGUGCAGGCUGUCCUUGAGCUCUGCUGGGAGCAGCGGUUGCUAUGAAGUUAGUAGGAAUCGAAUACAGAGGCGGAUUGAAGCUGCAAGUUCCACAACUGGACCGGAUCUGAAUUCACUAAAAAGAGAACCUUCAAGAAUAUCGAAUAAGGAUCCUUCCUCCUGGUCAAUAGAAGAAGUAAUGCGUUUUGUGAAAGAAGCUGAUCCACAAGCACUAGCUCCACAUGCAGAACUCUUUAGGAGACACGAAAUUGAUGGGAAGGCACUACUGUUACUGAGGAGUGAUAUGAUAAUGAAAUAUAUGGGACUGAAGCUGGGGCCUGCCCUGAAGUUGUGCUACCACAUUGAAAGACUUAAGCAAGGGAAGUACUAGCCAAGGGGGAUACCACCAUAUGUGUGCUCGUAUCACACUAAGCUCUCAGGUUCACAGCCAUCGCCUUUAUUUGAAACUAUUUGCUGAUAUAAAUCAUCUUUAUUUUUUGAAAGUGCUCUCAAAAUGUAAAAAAAAAAAAGACAUUCAGGAUAAGGGUGGAGGGGGAAAUCUGUAUUACAUUCUAGUAUUUUGCAAACUAUUUACGAAAGUUUGUAGGGAAGGACAGCUGAUCGUACUGGGGGCAGGCAGGUUGGGUAACAGCACUCUCCGAAUCCUGCAAAGUGCGUUCCCUAUUACAGACUUCAGCCAACCUGUUCAUAUUCAGAACCAAAACAGCUGAAUCCCAAAGGAAAAUAAUAAAACAAACCAGCAUCAGGUGUUAAUAAUUUUCUGGGGUGGCUGUAAUCUUGUAUAUUGCAAGCAAAAUAUAAAACAGAAGAUCUCAUUUCUAGUGAACGCUGUGUCUGGUCCUCCAGCAGAGUAAUACUCUAGUAUAUUCUAGAUUAUUCUUCCUAGAUUUCCAUAAAGGGAAUAGCCAUAUGAAUUGGUCGUGGGGGAGGGAGGUGUGGGGAGGAAAGGUUUAUGGAGGACAGGGCUUAAUACAAAUAUAAGCUUUUAUAAAGUAUGAUUAUCAGUCCUUUGGUAAGUUAUGAGGACAAAUGUACGGUAUAUUGUCAAUUUAUGCAGGCUAUAAAUAUUUCUGUUUCAUGGAAGGGCAUAUUGACUGUAUAAACAGCCAUUUCUGGGACAGACUGAUUUAACUGGAACAACGCACCCACAUUUUAAACAUUCCAUCUUUUUGCCAAGCUUGGCAUGGAUAUGUGUGUUCAUGCUUUUUAUAUAUACACGUGUACGUGUCAGGGAAAUACAUACUAUAUAUAUAUAUAAAAAUAUACAUACACACUGUACAUAUGUAUUCAGUUUUUUAAAUGUGUACUUUGCACUGUGCCAGAGAGAACUGUACAAUUUCUUGUUGGUUUUUUUUUACCAGUAAAUUUACUUGUGUACUACUUUCAUAUUCAUUAGCACCUGUUUAAUUUGUUGUCCAUUCUUGGAGUCAGAAGGUGACAAACAAUCAAAGGGUGACUUUAUUCAUACAGGUGAGAUCCCUGUACUAUGCAAUACUCUUGGUUAUUCAUCCCUUAACUCUGAGCCAUAUAUUCUGGUGUAUUUCUGGAAAGACACAUUUGGUUCCGAUGUUUUGGGCUUGUAUUUCCUAUAAGGAAGUGCUACUAUGUAACCGAUAAGCCUUUUUUUGGGUAAAAUUGGUGCUGUUUGUAUAAGCUGUAAGAAUGAGUGGUGAUAAUAAAGCAGUUUGUUGUCACUGCCAAUUGUAAUAUACAUCAGGGACAAAAAAAUAUACUUUCUGUGUAGGAAACUGAAUGUACUGUAUGUAAUAGUGCAAGUGAUAAAAACUAUUUGCUAGGGAAGGUGUAGUCCUAAAAUGGUAGGUUUUAUUAUAUUUCUUAUUGCCUUUUUAUAUGAAAGCAUAUAGUAUAAAUGUAUUUUUUACAAAUUCCUUUUCUGAAAAUGCCUUGCUUUACCAAUAGUCUGACUCCUCAGGUUUCAGCAGAGAUACUGCUGCAAAAUAAUAAAUUUUGUGGCUCACAAGUGUCCAAGUAUUUUGUUAGUUUGACUGCAAUGCAAUUUUAAUUUAGCAAGUCAUUUGGACUUUGAGAAUUGUUAUUAUUAUUACAUCAUUAAACAUUUGACACUAAAAGUUAUCUAUAUUGAUUUGUUUUGCAUAUCUUUGUGCUGCGUGUAUAUUUAGAUGAAUAAUAUGAGCAUGCUCUUUAUAGUAAGAAAAGGUCAGAGCGUUGAUUGGAGAAACAGAAUAUUUUCUCUUUGUAUUAGGAAAAUACUGACUUGAUUGUUGGUGUAACCACAUGAAAGUUAGUUAUAUCUUGAGGAAAACAUCAUGCCCCACGUGUUCAGUAUAUUGUUUAUACCUUACUUCUUCCAUGCUUUAUUAUGCUGAAUCUCAGAGUUCUUUAGCAUAAAAAGCUCUCAUACGAUUUAAGUGGAAGUAAUUGACUGAAAACAGUUUUCAUUUUUUACAUUGCCAUUGGCAUUAAAAAAAAAAAAAAGAAAAGAUAUUUCAAUUUUCUGUUUGGCCUUUAUGGAAUGCCAUGUUUGUGCAUGGCACUGUUAUGGGUAUAAAUAUUUGUUCAAGGCUUUCUGUG